AUGAAGGUUUUAAUCCUAAUACUUUAUAGUUCUAGCUUGUCUUUCUUGCAAGCAGGAUUAUUUGCUACAAUAUUAGAAGAUGCAAUAAUUGAAAUCCGCAUAUUGGUGGAAUGUAACAAUGAAUUACGAGUGAUCAAGACAAAAUCUGAUAUGGGUUUGCUAUUAGCAUUAAAAUAUGGAGUGUUAGUGCCCAAAGUGAUAGAUGAAUUAGACGAAAUUGAUUCUAAUAAACUGGAUUGUAACGAGUAUAAGUUAAAAAAACUUGAUAAAAGUUGGUCCAUGAUGGCAUUAACGGAUACUUACAUAUCUCUUAUAAGAAGCAACACAUUUGAAGCUUUAGAAGAUAAUGUUAAUAAAGUUGUUAAUUUAGACAAAUAUCGCGAGGACAUCCUUGAUUCGGAAUCUAAGAACAGAGUAUUACGUCGUGAACUAAACAAACAAUUGAGACAACAACGUAACCAUAUAAAAACAGUUAUCUAUGAUACUAACAGUACAAUUGAUAAACUCAGAGCUGAAGUCGAAGAUGCUAAUCUUAAUGCAGAAAUCCGUAGUAGGUACGUUGAUUAUUGGCAAAAUGCUCGUACUGAACAGCAUUUAACACAAAUUCAAAAUGUGGAAGCGACACCAACAACCAUCAUAGAAUAUUAUAAACAGAGGGCUUACUAUGAACAGAGAGUUCAUAGUGAAGUGGAGCUAUUAACCAAUAUUACCAUUAACGAAACUCUUGAAAAGAUUGAGAUGUGGAUGAAUAAAUAUGAUAAAGAUAUGGAAAACUUAGAUUUAAAAAUACAAAUCAAGAAGAAUGAUUACCAAGAUAUGCUAGACAAACGAAUCAACUUGGAAGAUACGAUAGAAAAACAUGAUAUAGCAAUGAAAGCAUGGAAUUCUUUCAAAGAAGAACGUGAGAAGGCACGUUUAUAUGUAAAAACUAUGACGGACUCUGCAAUAGUUAUUCAGGCUUGGUGGAGAGGGUUAUUAGUACGCAAACAACUUGGGCCAUUCAAGGUUGCUAAGAAGAAGGGCGAAAAGAAAAAGAAGUAG